UUGAUUAGCAAUGUCUUUUUUAUUCUUCGAUAUAAAAUAUUUUUUUAUUAGGAGGAAGGUUGUGCAGCCAAAAUGAGAAUUUUUUAUCAAGACAAUUGGCAGGUUGAAUUUACACACACAGACGAGCAUGUUCACAUGCACAUAGAAGGCGCAGAGGAGGGAUGUGCUGCACGUUUAAAAAUUAUUUUUUGGGAGGACUGGCGAGUUUUCGUGUACCAAUCUGGCCCCCAUGUACACAUUUUUGAGGACGGCGAAGUUUUUGAAGCGUUGUUUUGAGGUAUUAAUUUUAAGUAUAUAGCAUACGAACCACAAAGGAAUGUGAACAAAAUAUAUAUAAGAAAGGGGUCGAGACGAGUUGAGUCGAGAUUAACAAAAUUUUGAG